AUGAGUAAAUCGGCAACAGUAGAGCAAUUAACUAAUGAGACAAACGAAUUAAAAGAUUCUUAUUUUAGACUUAGUAUUGAGGUAAUUGAACAAAUAAAAAAUCUGCCAAAAUACUGGGAUUUGACUAAAGAGCAACAGUCCUUAAUAGAGAAAAUGAUCCCUAAUCCCUCAUUAAGAAAUAAAUAUAUUAGAUAUAGAUUGUGUGAAGAAUGUUGGCAACCCAAUACUAAUAUUAAGGGUAAUAAAUGGCACAGGCAUAUUGCUGAUGGGCAAAGCGUUCAAAAAGUGGUUUUAAAAAGUUUACACGAUUCGCAAAACAUCACGAAAGAGUUUUUGCAAGAAAUUACCUACUAUAAACUAUUCAAUGAUAUUAGUAGUCAAGUUGUGCGAUGUUAUGAUACUAAUCCCACUCAACGACCAACCGCAACGGAGUUAAGUAAAAUUUUGGGCAACUGGUAUGGAGCAUUUAACACAAAAGAAGGAAAAAACAACACUAGUACGCACACAAAAGAAUUCUAUCAACAAUAUCAAGAAUUAGCCGCAGAAGAAUUUAAAGAUGAAAAAAGUAAAAGAACGACCCCUCUUCCUCGAAACGUUCAUUCCCAAGCAGUUUACACUAGUAGAUUUAUAGACACUGAAGACAUCAUUAAACAAUUACAAAAUUCUCAAAAAAUCAAUGAGCAGUAUUAUAAUGCCGACUCUGAUUCUUUGUUGCUUCCUCACUUAAUUAAUUCAGAGAAUCAAUUUUUACUAAAUAAGCAAAUUGAACAACAAGCCCAAAUCCAAAUUCCACCCAAGAAUAAUUAA